AUGGAGAUGGAAAGGAUAAACAUAAUUGGAGAUUGUUUAGAAGCUGUUUACCAUGAGAUAUCUGAGAAGAGGAUCGGUGUGCCACUGGAAAGAAUCAAAGAAGUUAUUGGGGAAAAGACAAAGCCUUCUGAUUAUGAAAUUGUCAAGAAUGUGGCCAAAGGUGGGUACGGAGAGGUUUUCCUUGUGAGGAAAGAAAAGAUCUAUGCCAUGAAGAGGGUUUCGAAGGAGUUGGUUCUUAGGCAGCCGCACACUGCACUGUUCAUGGCUGAAAAGGAGGCGAUGGUCGACUGCAUUGGCAGCGAGUGGCUUGUUUGUGCUCACAUGACCAUGCAGGACGAGGAGUACCUCUACUACUUGAUGGAUUUUAUUCCCGGAGGAGAUUUCAUGGGAUUACUGUCGAAAGAGGAUGUCUUGGAAGAGGAUUGGGUGAAGUUCUAUGCGGCAGAGAUUGUUGCAGCACUUGAUGAGCUCCAUAGGCUGGGAUGGAUACACAGAGACCUGAAGCCGGACAACAUACUUAUUGGAAGCGACGGACAUGUGAAGUUGGCAGACUUUGGUAGUUGCAUUAGGAUGAAGGACGGGAAGGCGAAGUCAUCCAUCACAGUUGGAACGCCUGAUUAUGUUUCUCCCGAUGUCUUAUGCUCCGUGAACGAGGAAUGCGAGUAUGGGGAGGAUGUGGACUUCUGGACGCUUGGGGUUAUAAUCUACGAGAUGGUCUAUGGAACCACGCCCUUUUACUCCGACACCCUGAUGGAGACAUACAGAAGGAUAACAAAGGCAGAGUUUGGGUUUCCAUUCAAGGUAUCUCCAGAGCUUACGAAUUUGAUUGAAAGUUUAAUAACAACAAAGGAUAAAAGAAUCAAGAUCGACGACAUAAAGGGCCACAAGUUUUUCGAGGGAAUAGACUGGAGCAGGCUCAAAGAGCUCAGGCCGCCUUUUGUUCCCGAGAUAAGCGGGGACUCUGACACAUCACAUUUUGUGGACACACAGUUUGAUCCUGAAAAGAGAAACCUGGGUGUGAAGGGGAACUAUAUGCCGUUUGUAGGAUUUACCUUUGACCCGGGAUUUGUAUCUAAGUUCUGCAGCAUGAUAGAAAGAGAGGGGCCCAAUUGCAAUGGGGAAGGCUCCAAGGCCAGAGAGUACGAGGGGGCUCUUGAGGGUCUUUUAGCCGAGAUUUCUGAGAACAAAGAGGCUCUUGAACUCCAGAAGAAGGAGUUAACAAGUGUGAAGGCGGAGCUCGAAAGAACUAGAGCGAGGCUGGAGGACUCCAAGAAUGAAGUUCGGAAUCGUCAGAAGGAGCUCAAGGAUGUUUUGACGCAGUUGCUGUCUGAAAAGGAAGAGCUGGAGGAGGCUAAGUCUGAGCUUGAAAGAUACAAAAGCUGGCUAAGGAACAUAGCCGAGGAGGCAAGCAAUAAGGCCUUUCUCUCUGAGGAGUAUUCUAAUGCAGAAAAGAGGUCUGCAGAUGGCAGCGAGACUUCCAAAGCAGGGUUUGAGAGGAGAGAUGCGCUGCUCAAGGAGCUUUCGUCGACUGUACACAGAGCCAAGAGGGAGACGGAAGAGAUUCUAGGCAUCUUCCAUGGACUCCAGGAGACCAUGAACAGGUUUGCCAUGGAAAAUAAAGGCCUGAAAUCUGAGAUCGAGGUUUGCAAAGAGAAGUACCAGGAAGCUUUUAGAAUGAAGGCAGCAGUUGAAUAUGAAAAUAAAAGCCUUACCGAAAAGCUUAAGUCUGAGGGACUCGAUAGUUUGAAAAGACAGCUUAGGCUAAGAACCGCGGAGAUCAAGGAAUAUGAGCAAAAGCUUAAUCAAGAGAUACUUUUCAGGAAGAGCAUAGAGGAGGAGCUGAACUUUCUGAAGAAAGAAAGAACAAGGGUCCAUAGAGUAACUGUAAGGCAAUCAUUUUCAUGCCACCUAGUUAGUGGAGAGUCUAUAGUUGUAAGGAUAGAGGAGGAUCGUCUUUGGGUGGGAGACGAUGCCCACUACAUCUCAAAUGUCUACGUUGGGGAGCUGAGACCUAACGAGCUCCACCAUCUUCCACAGAAAAAGAUCCCGAUGACACUAAGGAUAGUCUUUAUGAACGAAGAGGUCAAGAGCGUGAGCUCGGCUGGAAGAAGAAGCCUCAAGUCUCUGGAGGAGGAUCUUAACACGGAGAUGGCCAUCAAAGAAGGAAUAGAGAAGAUUAGAGCUCUGCUUCAAGGAAAAACACUUGAAGAAGCAAAUAUGCAGCUUGAAGGAUCAAACAGAAAAAUAAGCCAACUGAAGGCAGAGAUUGAAAGAAGCAGGAAAAGCACAAUUGUAGAAAACAUUCCUGAAGACCCCGUCAAGAUUUAUGAGUUUAAUAAUCACCUGUUUGCUACCAAGACGCUGCCCCAGGGAUCCCUUUGUGACUUCUGCAAUGAGGUUUUGUACGGGCUUGUUAACCAAGGCUUUGAAUGCAGAGAUUGCAAAAUGGUUGUGCACAAGUCCUGCUAUGUUCUUGGAGAUAUUUCCUGUGAGCUUUACUCGGCACUGAAAUCAGGAAAAACCUACUAUGUCACGAUGAGGACAAUUGAGGAGAAGGAGAAGCUUCUGGGCAUAACCAAGGGAUAUUGA